AUGGCAAAGGCCUGUCUGUCAGUGGAAAUACCUGAGGACCAGUUCAUGUGUCCAGUCUGUCUGGAUCUCCUUAAGGAUCCUGUGACUAUUCCCUGUGGACACAGUUACUGUAUGGGCUGUAUUAAGGGCUGCUGGGAUCAGGAUGAUCAGAAGGGAGUCUACAGCUGCCCCCAGUGCAGACAGACCUUCACUCCAAGACCAGUUUUGUGUAAACAUGCCAUGCUGUCUGAAAUGGUGGAGAAACUGAAGACGAGACUCCAAGCUGCUGCUCCUCCUGCUCACUGUGACACUGGAGAUGUGGAGUGUGACUUUUGUAUUGGAAAGAAAGAAAAAGCCGUCAAGUCCUGUCUGACAUGUCUGGCUUCAUACUGUCAGACUCACCUCCAGCCUCACUAUGAAUCUCCUGCCUUCCAGAAACACACGCUGGUCAAAGCCUCCACACAACUACAGGACAAGAUUUGUCAUCGUCAUAACAAACUUCUAGAACUUUGGUGUCAAACUGACCAACAGUUCCUGUGUUAUGUGUGUCUGGUGGAUGAACACAGAGACCAUAAAACAGUAUCAGUGGCAGCAGAGAGGACUGAAAGACAGAAACAGCUGGGGGAGACUCAGAGGAAUACCCAGCAGAGAAUCCAGGAGAGAGAGAAGGAGGUGCAGGAGCUGAGACAGGCUGUGGAGUCUCUGAGGCGCUCUGCACAGGCAGCAGUGGAGGACAGUGAGAGGAUCUUUACUGAGCUGAUCUGCUCCAUUGAGAGAAGGCGCCGUGAGGUGACACUGCUGAUCAGAGAUCAGGAGAAGAGUGAACUGAAUGACACUGAGGGUGUACUGAAACGACUGGAGCGGGAGAUUGCUGAUCUGAGGAGGAGAGACACUGAACUGGAGCAGCUUUCACAGACAGAGGAUCACAUCCAUUUCCUCCAGAGUUUCCCAUCUCUCUGUGCCCCUCCUGGAUCUACUGACAUUCCCAGCAUCACUGUCAGUCCACACUUCUCUUUUGAGGAUGUAGGAAAAUCUGUCUCUCAGCUGAAAGAGCAACUGGAGGAUUUCUGUAAGGAGGAGUUUGGAAGAUUUUCUGCAAAAGUCGCCCACAUCAAAAUCAUUACCCCUCCUGAACCCCAGAGAAGAGAAGAGUUUCUAGAAUAUUCCUGUGAUCUCACACUGGAUCCCAACACAGCACAACACCGUCUCUGUCUGUCUGAGGGGAACAGAGUGGUGACCUGCAGUAACACUAUUAACUCAUAUCCUGAUCAUCCAGAGAGAUUUGAUUACUGGCAUCAGGUGUUGUGUAGGGAGAGUGUGUCUGCACGCUGUUACUGGGAGACUGAGUGGAGUGAAAAUACAUAUGGAGUUUCUAUAGCUGUGUCAUAUAAAGGCAUUAUGAGGAAAGGUAAUGCUGAAAAGCACUGGUUUGGACAUAAUGAUCAGUCCUGGAGUUUGGUCUGCUAUCCCUCCCGUUACUCAUUCUGGCACAAUGAUGUAGAGACUAGACUCCCCACAGUUCCCAGUUCCUCCAGAGUAGGAGUGUAUGUGGACCACAGGGCAGGAACUCUGUCCUUCUACAGCGUCUCUGACACAAUGACCCUCAUCCACAGAGUCCAGACCACAUUCACUCAGCCCCUCUAUCCUGGGUUCUGGGUCAAUUUGGGAUCAAAAGUGAGCUUAUGCCACCAUCCAAAAUGA